CCCGCUGGUGACGGAGGCGGAUGAGACGGGUUGUGCCUGAGCAGACACGGUGACUCAACAUUCUCGCUUGGACUUGAACCACCUCCUGUAGUUAGUACUUACUGGACACGCACAUUCAGUGGGCUCUGGAUUCCAGAUUUGGUGGCAGUGAUGGGAUCCAAAGUGAACUUCUGGCAGCAUUUGGGGACAACAAGAAAUACAGCAGCCUCAGACAAGACGACUUCCCUUUGGACCCUUUGAACACCUACGGCUGGACUUCAUUCAACUGCCACUUCAUAUGGGUGAUCAAUAUGUUCCUGUUAACUGUUUUCCUAAAAUUUUGGGAGCAGACCUAAGCUCAACCUUCACCGGGGAGCCAAGCCCAGCCAGACCUUCAAGCCAGCCAAGUUCUCAGACAGUAAGAAUCACUUGAUGACUGGUUUGUCAGCAUAAUGACUUCUAUGAACAGAACCAGUGAAAUAAUUACAAAGCUCAAAGAAAGCAAACAAUGUCUCCUGAAGGAGAUAAAUGAAAAGCGUGAAUCCAACUGCCUUGUGGAAAGAAGCAAUCAAGUCAGUUUACUGAGAGUUCAAAAGAGGCAUUUCAGUGGUGCCUAUAUGCCCUCAACUCACACCCAAAUCAAAGAAUACGUUCCUGAUAGUGGUAGGAGCUCCUGGGUCACACUGAGUCUCCUUGCUCACACGGAGAAAAAGCACUUUCCUGCAAAAAAUAAUGCCAUAUUUGGAUAAAGUGCAACUCCAGAGACACAAAGAAAUAUAAUCUCUUUGAUCCUUCUUCAAUGUCUGUCUUAUUUACAAAUAUUAAUUAUAAAAGAAGCAAAAAAAUUAUUCACUGGAUCACCAAGAAAACAUUUUAUUGUCACGUAAAACAUACCUUUAUUCAUUCUGAACCAUUAUUUAGA